AUGUUUUUAAAAAUUGUAGUGAAUGUACUGCUAACAUUAGCGCCCUACAAGAAAAUGAAAUCAGUGAAUAUGCAGGAACCAGCGAACUACGAGUUCUCCUACAAAGUGAGCGACUACGAGAGCGGAAGUGACUUUGGCCACGCGGAAAACCGGCAGGAAGAUAAAGCAGAAGGGACGUACUUUGUCGUACUUCCUGAUGGAACCAAACAGGUGGUAGAGUACGAGGCUGAUGAAGAUGGAUUCAAGCCAAGGAUCUCGGUAAUACCAGCCGACACUGCAUCUAGCCGCGCAGGUGACGGGUCUUAUUGA